UCCGUACUCCUCCGGAAUGUAUAAAAAGCCACGUCCAGAAGCCGCGGCACUUCAGUCUUUUCAAAAAUAUCAUAAGGAUGGCUCUAGAACGUCAAGUGCGCGCUAAGAUUGCGGCAAAACGCAACCCCGAGCAGGAGAAGGAGGCACAGGAAUGGAUCGAAUCGAUUCUUGGCAAGAAGUUUCCUCCCGGUGAGGCUUUCGACGAUGUGCUCAAGGAUGGUCAGGUCCUGUGCCAUCUGAUGAACAAACUUUCUCCUGGAUCCGUACCAAAGAUCAACAAUAGUGGCGGACAGUUCAAGAUGAUGGAGAACAUCAAUAUGUUUCAAAAGGCGCUAAAGGACUACGGGGUGGAUGACGUCGACGUUUUCCAGACCGUGGACUUGUGGGAGAAGAAAGAUAUGGCCCAAGUAAUAACGACACUGUUCGCGCUCGGCCGGACGACGUACAAGCAUCCCGAAUGGAAAGGACCUUACCUGGGACCGAAGCCAGCAGACGAAUGCAAACGCGACUUUACGGAGGAACAAUUGCGAGCUGGUGAGGGGAUGAUCGGUCUUCAAGCAGGUUCCAACAAGGGUGCGACCCAGGCAGGCCAAAGCAUUGGCGCCACCCGCAAAAUUCUUCUUGGAAAGUAAAUUGAAAAAUUCGGCACAACUGCUUGCCAAUCCUUUCUUCCAGUCGUUAGAGCUAAAACAUCUCGUACUUUUUUGUAUGUAAACAUAAAUACGUAUAUAUAUAUUUUAUUUUACUUUUGUAAUUAAACUAUAAACGGCUGCUAUUUAUUUUCCUUUACUUCUUAACGAUAGCCAAUGUAUCUCAUCAUAGCGAGAUAUAUUUCUAAUCUUUUUAUAGUUAAUCAAAAGAUACAUCUCUGUCAAUGAGCAUACCUGAUAAAUUGAUUUUUAUGAUUAAGGGAGAUAUCAUUUGUUAUUUAACUUUCUUAUCUUUUCGCGCCUCGAGAUUCCAGUCUCUUCUUGAAAAAUGUACAGUGUCAAUGACAGGAGCGAGCGUUUUUAAAGCAAGAAAAUUGUUAUUUAACCAACGUCGGUUAAUGCGCGCUUCAGAACAACACAAUGUUAUCUAAGGAAUUCCACCAAAUAAAGUUAGUUCUAUCCAUCCGAAA